AUGAGGAAACGUUACGGUGGUUUCGAGAAUGUUGGCGCCACGGUCGAUGAUUGCAAAAACUUUAGGACUCGAAUUAACAGCUAUAUAGGAGAAUAUGACGCUGACAUGGUGAUCAAUAGGUUGACCGACAAAAAGCAGUAUUUAGUUGAUUUUUCGUUUGAAUAUUCUGUUGAUGAGGACAAAUGGUUAACUGGUUUGUUCUGGGCCGAUGGGUUAUGCAAGCGUAACUUUAUGGAGUUCAGGGAUGUGAUAUCGUUCGAUGCAAUUUCAAGACAAACAAGUAAGUGUUACAUAAAAUGGUAUAAGAUGGUGUUUGUUCCGUUCACUGGGAUUGACAACCACUGUCGAAAUUCAUUUGGACGGCAGCCAAAGGUUGUAGUGACGGACCAAGACCCUGCGAUGAAACAGGCUAUUGAGGAGGUUGGACACGAGUUGUGCAAUGAUGAUGAUUUUAAAAGGAGGAUGUGCAAUAUUGUAUGGACUGAUUCCAUUGAGCCCGAAGAAUUUGAGAGACAGUGGAAGUUGGUGAUGAUUGAGUACGAUCUCACACAAAAUAAAUGGAUUAAUGAUAUGUUUGCGAUGAGAUACAUGUGGAUUCCGGCUUUUUACCGGCAUGAGCCCAUGUCUGGACUCAUGCGAACAACUUCGAGAUCAGAGAGCGAGAAUCAUUUUUUAUGCCAGGUGGCAAAUUCACAACUCACUCUUGUAGAGUUUAUGAAUCAUUUUGACGGUGCAAUGGAUGUCCAAAGGUUCAAUCACAGAAAGAAUGAUCAUAUUUCAAGAUAUACUGAGCCUGAUGAUUGGAGCAAAACUACUUUGGAAAAAGAUGUUGCUAAGAUAUACACCAGGUCUAUAUUCUUUGAUCAGCAAACAGAGAUUUGUGGAACUAUUACCGAAUGUCUGCCGAUGGACACCAAAAUCGAGGGUCCAAAGAUAAGGAUAUCGUUGAAAGACUUUAAAGCUUAUGGAGAUGGGCUGUUAGAGGUAAUAUAG